AUGGAGGAGGCGGCCGUGCCGGCGGAGGAGGGGGUGGAUGAGGCGGCCCGGUGCCCUCCGGAGGCAGCGGAUGAGGAGGAGGAGGAGGAAGAGUCACACCUGGCCAAGCGGAGGAAGGUGCUGUGCUCCGAGUUCGCCGCCAUCACCAGCAGCGACGCGGCGGUGGCGCGCAGCUUCUUGGCCGGCAACGGCUGGCACAUGCAGAGGGCCCUGAACGCCUAUUUCGACCCGCCGUUGGAGAAGAAGGAGGAGGCGGCAGGCGGGCUGCCGCCGGCCUGCGCGGGGCCCGGGAGCUGUAUUGACCUCACAGCAGAUGCAACUACUAGUAAUGCCGGUGUCAAUAGUGCAGACUCGAGGCAACAAGAAGAUGACAGCAGCUUCUCACUGAUAACCUGGAACAUUGCUGGGCUGGAUCUAGGAAAUCUAAAAGAACGAGUUAGAGGAAUCUGUUCUUACCUGGCAUUAUACAAUCCAGAUGUUGUGUUUUUACAAGAGGUCAUCCCGCCACAGCUCUGUCUUCUACAGAUGAGAGCAGGCAGUUACACUAUUAUUCCAGGUAACGUAGAUGGCUAUUUCACUGUCAUAAUGUUGAAGAAACCAAGAGUGAAGCUACUGAAACAUGAGAUAAUACCUUUUCCAACAACUUCCAUGAUGAGGAACCUUUUGGUUGUGCAUGUAAGCAUAUCUGGUAAUGAACUUUGCCUUAUGACCUCUCAUCUGGAAAGCACUAAAAAUCACUCCAAGGAGCGUAUGAAGCAACUGCAAAUAAUGUUAAACAAAAUGCAGAAGGAGCCUGAGUCUACCACUGUUAUAUUUGGAGGGGAUACAAACCUCAGAGACAGUGAGGUUACUAAACUAGGUAACUUACCUAACAACAUUAUGGAUAUCUGGGAGUUUUUGGGUAAACCUCAACACUGCCGUUAUACUUGGGACACCAACUCCAAUACCAACCUGGAUGCAGAGUACAAGUGCAAGAUGAGGUUUGACCGCAUUUACUUUCGGCCUGCAGCAGACGGGGGACAUAUUAUUCCACGAAGUAUGGACUUAAUAGGAUUGGAAAAACUAGACUGUGGCAGAUUCCCUAGUGAUCACUGGGGUCUUCUGUGUAACUUUGAUGUGAUACUAUAAAAAAGAAAAAAAGGCUUGCAUUGUUAGUUUUUAGGUGAUCUGUUCUUGUUUUUACAAAAUGUUACCCUCUCAGUUUAAGUAGGACGUAUUUAAAUUUUAAACCCUAAUGCAUUCUCUGCUCUUGACUUAUGCUUGAAUGGCUUCAUUUCAAGCCAGAGUUCCCUUUUCCUCGUUGUAUGC